AAAAGCAGGGGAGCUUAAAAGCCCCGCCAGAUUAUAGUACUUCAUAUUGGAAAAAUCCAAUAUGAAGUACUAUAAAGCCCCACCAGACUCUCCUCAGAUUAAAAGAGUCCUCCUUUCUCCAUUCUUUGAGAGACUUCCAGAAACCCCAACAAGCCCCCAUCGCCCUCUGCGGUUCAGACUUAGAAUCUUGCAAGGAUGAGUGUGGUGGGAUUUGAUUUUGGCAAUGAGAGUGGCAUUGUGGCCGUGGCAAGGCAGAGCGGUAUCGAUGUUGUGCUCAAUGAUGAGUCCAAACGCGAAACUCCUGCCAUUGUUUGUUUCGGGGAUAAGCAGCGGUUCAUUGGGACCGCAGGCGCUGCUUCGUCUAUGAUGAACCCUAAGAACACGAUUUCGCAGAUCAAACGCUUGGUUGGAAAGAAAUUCUCGGAUCCCGUGUUGCAGAGGGAUAUCAAGUCCCUGCCUUUUGCUGUUACUGAAGGGCCUGAUGGAUAUCCGUUGAUCCAUGCCCGUUAUUUGGGAGAAGCCAAGACAUUCACACCCACCCAAGUUUUGGGAAUGGUGUUCUCUGAUCUGAAAAUCAUAGCUCAGAAGAAUCUUAAUGCAGCAGUUGUAGACUGCUGUAUAGGAAUUCCGGUUUAUUUCACUGAUCUCCAAAGAAGAGCUGUUGAGGAUGCAGCCAGAAUUGCUGGGUUGAACCCUCUUAGGUUGUUUCAUGAAACUACAGCAACUGCUUUAGCUUAUGGAAUCUACAAGACAGAUUUACCAGAGAACGACCAAUUGAAUGUUGCCUUUGUUGAUAUUGGGCAUGCUAGCAUGCAAGUUUGCAUUGCUGGCUUCAAGAAGGGGCAGCUGAAAGUUCUAGCUCAUUCAUUUGACCUGUCUUUGGGUGGUAGGGAUUUUGAUGAAGUACUGUUCCAGCACUUUGCGGCAAAAUUUAAGGAAGAGUACAAGAUAGAUGUUUACCAGAAUGCAAGGGCCUGCCUUCGGCUUCGAGCUGCUUGUGAGAAGUUGAAGAAGGUGCUUAGUGCAAAUCCUGAGGCACCUUUGAAUAUUGAGUGCUUAAUGGACGAGAAAGAUGUUAGAGGUUUUAUUAAGCGGGAUGAAUUUGAACAAAUUAGUGCUCCUAUUUUGGAACGCGUAAAGGUACCUUUGGAGAAGGCCCUUCUCGAUGCAAAUCUUUCAAUAGAGAACGUUCAUACUGUUGAGGUUGUUGGUUUAGGCUUUCGUGUACCUGCUAUAAUCAAGAUAUUGAUUGAGUUCUUCAAAAAGGAGCCUAGGAGAACUAUGAAUGCUAGUGAGUGUGUUGCCAGGGGUUGUGCUCUGCAGUGUGCAAUGCUUAGUCCUACAUUCAAAGUCCGAGAGUUUCAGGUGAAUGAGAGCUUACCAUUCUCGAUUGCUUUAUCCUGGAAAGGUUCCGGUCCAGAUGCUCAGAAUGGAGGAGCGGAUCAAACUACUAUCGUCUUUCCCAAGGGAAAUCCCAUUCCAAGUUUCAAGGCACUUACAUUUUACAGAUCUGGCACGUUUUCAGUUGAUGUGCAGUAUACCGAUGUUGGUGAUUUGCAGGCACCUGUAAAGAUCAGUACAUAUACGAUUGGUCCUUUCCAAUCUAAUAAAAGUGAGAGGGCGAAGGUGAAGGUCAAAGUUCGCUUGAAUUUACAUGGGAUCGUAUCUGUAGAUUCAGCAACUCUUUUGGAAGAGGAAGAAGUUGAGGUUCCUAAAAGAAAGGUUAAGAAAACAAACAUUCCUGUGGUAGAGUUGGUUUAUGGAGGAUUGGCUCCAGCAGAUGUGCAGAAGGCAAUAGAAAGUGAGUAUCAUAUGGCUUUACAAGAUCGUGUUAUGGAAGAAACAAAAGACAAGAAGACAUUCAUUUCUGGAAAUGUCCAGGGAACAAAUAGUGAACUGUGGACCUAUUUACAUGUCUCAAACUCAUGAAAGAUGUUCUGAAGAAGGAAACUGUUUAUUUUCCGUUUUCUUGUUUGAACAAGUAUUCCGCAUAAGGUAGUAAAAUACCCUU